AGAGUAAAAUAAAGAGUUACAAGUAUUAUUUCAAACAGAGUAGAAUAUCUUAUUGUUUAGGUACACAAACUACAUUAAUGUCUUGAUUUCAAUCAAAAGUCAUUAUUACAUUUAAAAUAAAGUUGGUAAAAAUAAUAGAACUUAUACUCGUUGUCAGGGGUGCUAAUGGUAAUAUUGGGUUGCGUUGCGAAAACUUGAGGGAUGCGUUUGGUAAUGAAGAAUCAGAAGUUCAUCGUUUUGUUCAGAAAUGUUAAGUACUAUCGUAUUGUUCAGAUACCAGUAGUGGUGACGCAGUUGAAGCAUGAGGGCCGGUGGCUGGUGACAGUCUCUAGGGAUCCAUGUCCACAGUUUCUGGUGCACAAUCACACAAGCGAACCACUUGUAUUAGCCCAACCCGUACUAGAGGGCGAAGAACCUUCAUCCACCAAAUUUCCGCUUAGUGAAUGCGAGGGUAUACGAUGGUGGUUGGUAGUCGGAGCGGGGGCAGUGAUGCAUUACUCAAGCCCCGCCCACAACGAGCGCUAUCCCCCGCCCUCACCUCAGCCCCCUCAAGUGCAAUUUCUCACUUUCGCCCGAGCGCGUGACGGUGAGUAUACGUCUUACUUCGUCAGUUUAUCCUACCUAUUAAGUUGAUUAAAAAACCUUAAUGUUAUCGACAACUCUGUGGACUAUAAUAAAAAGAUAAAAUAUUUGUAAAAUUUUGACUUACAUACAGAAACAACACACAAAGACAAUAUCUCAAGGAAGUACAUAAUAUGGGGUAUUUACAGUUACAUUACAGUAAAUAAUAAAAGUGGAUGAAAACUUGUCGGCAACAAUAACAUUUACUCCUUCGAUAAAGUAAGAUUUAUUCAUUAUGACACAAAAGUUAAUAUAACAUCUGUGUCAAAAAGGAAUUAAGAUCUAUAGUGCUAUUAAGACUCUCAUAUGACAAAAAUGUUAACGGUAAUUAAAAAAUGGUUUAAACACAGGAGGUCUCUUGAUCUGAUUAUAUGCCUCAUUUUCUGAUUAAUAUUAAUCCUGUCGGUUAACUCCAGUUUCAACAACACCGGAUUUUUACUGGUGUGCGCCGGUAGCAGUAACUGAGGGUGAACAACUCGUUCAGUUAUACGGCGGACGAACUGUGAAACUGCGCGUGCACACCCAUACGCACUCCACGCUAUUGCAUCUGAGGGACGUUGAUGAGGUACAGCUGAUUGUUAAGCUAUUUUGCAGUAAAGAUAGCACUUUACUUAACUAUUCACAAAAAGCUACUAUUCUUAUUAUUUGUUAGU